CAAGCCUUAAGAAAUCAAAGUGACUCCCGUCUCUUUUUCACUUGCUCUGCUCAACAUCAACACUCAAAAAAAAAAAAAAAAAACACCGAUUCAAUCCCAAGAAAAAACAGUCUUGUUUUUUUCCUUUCUGUGGUAGUUUUCUCGGGAAAAUCCCAGUCUUCAGCUUUUCUUUGCUUUCAGUAUAUAUAUAUAUUUCCAGAGGGUAAAGAGAAAAAAGAAGAGAGAGAGAGAGAGGGAAAUGGAGAUAUGGUUGAAGAAGACGAAGAGGAAAGUAGUGGUAAGCUUAGUUGGUAAUAAAAGUGUGGGAUUGGGUAUUUUUCGGUGCUGAAAAUUAAAAAAAAAAUUGAUAAAGUUGGAUUUUUUUACAUAAAAAAAUUAUGGUUACUGGUGGGUCGGAGUCCAGCAACUCCAACUCCGACUCCAAUCCGACGUCGUCUGGGGGAUGGAGUGCGGCUCGAGGGUUGGUAAUGAAGAGCCUUGUUCUGUUAGGAGGUGCUCUCUUGCUGAAGCGUCUCACCAAGUCCACUACUCGCUGGGACCAUGCCCGUCUCGUUGCUCGCUCUUUCUCUGGCGAAAAGAUUUCAACGGAGCAAGCAUCCAGAGAUCCUGAUAAUUACUUCAAUAUCAGAAUGCUUACAUGCCCAGCUGCAGAGAUGGUUGAUGGUUCAAAGGUUUUAUAUUUUGAACAAGCAUUCAGGAGAACUCCUCAGAAGCCCUUUCGGCAGAGAUUUUAUAUGGUGAAGCCUUGCCCAAAAGAGUUGAAAUGUGAUGUGGAGCUAAGUUCAUAUGCCAUUAGAGAUGUAGAAGAGUACAAGAAUUUCUGUGACCGCCCAAGGGACCAGCGCCCACUGCCUGAAGAAGUUAUUGGAGACAUUGCUGAACAUUUGACAACCAUAUAUCUUAAACGCUGUGACCGUGGGAAACGCUGUUUAUAUGAAGGUUCAACUCCACCUGAAGGGUUUCCUAAUUCAUGGAGUGGAGCAAGCCACUGUACUUCUGAAGUUUCAGUUUUGAAAAAUAAUGAGAUACACAUCUGGGAGAGGGGCUAUGACGAUGAUGGAAAUCAUGUUUGGGGACCAAGGGAAGGUCCUUACGAAUUCAAGCCUGCGCCGGCCUCUAGUAAUAAUGACAUGUUUUCUCCUUUCAAUUUCCCUAUUCAGCAAUCCAUUGAGAAAAGAAUAGAGGGUUCAUUCGUCUUGCAGGAUUGAACACUUGUUAGUAUUUUUGCAGCAUGUAAAUUGGUUUACCUCAAACUUACUGGUUUAUGUUCAGUGUGAAUUACCUUCUAUGCCUCAUCAAUUUUGGUUUGUAGAAUUGUUCACAAGUUAUACUUCACAAUCAAUAAAUAUUAUCUGAUAGCAUAUUAAAGA